AGGAAGACAUGGCAGCGAUCAGAUCACCAUCUCAUCUGUUGCCGAGUUCGAGUCUCAUGUCCCGCCGGUGAGUAUGUAGCCGGCGGGUCUGCUUGCCGGUGGCAAGGAUAAAAGCGUGGAACGAGAUCUAUACCUACCAGCUGUAAAUAGGGGUGACUGGCAUAGGAUAUUCGGGAAAAAACGUAUACUUACAGAUUUUCUUCCGGGGUUCCCAAUUCGGCACCCACCAUCGGCCGGCUCGGUGGGCUGUUGGUGCCGCCGAUGGAUCUCUCGCAAAUGGCUUCGAAGUCAGGAGGAGGCCCUGCUGCUGCAGCAGAGGACGUCGGGGCAACGGUGAUCGCCAUUGAUAAGGAUAAGAACAGCCAACAUGCAGUCAAAUGGGCCGUGGAUCACCUCGUAAAGAACUCCUGCACCCUUAUCCAUGUUCGCACCAAGGGAUUUCAUCCCCAUAAGAUUGAUAUUGCCCAUAAAGAAGGUGUCCCUCCAUCGGGAGAAGAAAUGCAUCAAUUUUUUCUUCCCUUUCGAGGAUUCUGUGCUCGAAAAGGGAUUGAAGCAAAGGAAUUGGUUCUGCAUGACCUUGAUGUUUCAAGCGCCCUUACUUAUUAUCUCAACAACAACUCUAUCAGAAACAUCGUUGUUGGUGCUUCUCACCGUAAUGUUCUUACGAGGAAAUUCAAAGAUGCAGAUGUCCCCACUUGCUUAAUCAAGUCUUUGCCUGAGUCCUGCGUAAUAUACGUUAUAUCAAAAGGAAAAGUACAAAAUAUCAAACCAACAGGUCAAAAUCAAAAUUGUUGCAGCAUAACAGCUAAAUCUAUAAAAGACAGUCACCGAGGAAAUUCUCAAGCUGAUGAUUCACAGAGGCUUCCUAACAUCCCUGAUUCUGAAGAAGAAAACAGAGAUUCAGUCGGCCAUGGACGUGGACAAGGCUCAGGCCUUGAUGGGGCAUCAAAUAGUCAAAAUCAUACCUCUACAGAUAAUUCACAACAUGAACCAAAUGGAGAAGCUGGUUCACCAGUGUCAAAUGAAAGUCCAUAUUCCUUCAUUAGUGACAUGUCAGGGCCGAAUAGUUUUCAAUCAAAUGAUAAGUUCCACGAAAACCAAGAAGCAUUCGAGAACUUGGACAGUUGCUGGAGCCUAUCUUCAAAAAGCCCAAAAGCCUUGGAGAGCGAAAUAAGGAAAUUAAAAUUGGAACUGAGAAAAACAAUGGAGAAAUAUACUUUAGCUUGCAAAGAAGCUAUUGAAGCAAAAAAGAAGGCAAUGGAGCUUGAACAGAUUAGGGAAGAAGAAGGACGCAACCUAGAAAAAGCUAGGCUCGCUGAAGAGGCUGCAUUGGCUUUGACAGAGGUAGAGAGAGAGAAAACCAGGGCUGCAUUGGAGUCAGCACAAAUGGCAAAACUCCUAGCAGAAAUGGAGACCGAGAAGAGAAAGCAGGCAGAAACAAGAGCCAUGCAUGAAGAAGAGGAGAAGAAAAAAGCAGUAAAUGCACUUGCACAAAAUCUUAUCCGAUGUAGAAGAUAUGAUAUUUCAGAAAUUGAGGUAGCGACAAACUACUUUGACAAUUCAUUGAAAAUUGGUGAAGGUGGAUAUGGGCCUGUUUUUAGAGGGAUGCUCGAUCACACUGUUGUUGCCAUCAAGGUCUUGAGACCAGACAUAGCAUCUGGGGAGAAGCAAUUUUUUCAAGAGGUUGAAGUUUUGAGCACCAUAAGACAUCCUAACAUGGUUCUCCUCCUAGGUGCCUGCCCAGAGUAUGGAUGCCUUGUGUACGAAUAUUUGGAAAAUGGCAGCUUAGAAGACCGUCUCUUCCAGAAAGAUAACACCCCACCAAUUCCGUGGAAACUUCGAUUCCAGAUUGCAGCUGAAAUUGCCACUGGCCUUAACUUCCUUCACCAAACGAAGCCUGAACCACUGGUGCAUCGUGACCUCAAGCCUGCAAAUAUACUCCUAGACAAGAACUACAAGACCAAGAUUAGUGAUGUGGGUUUGGCCAGGCUUGUUCCUCCAUCUGUAGCUGAUAAAACCACUCAGUAUCGUAUGACAGCUGCAGCGGGUACAUUCUGCUAUAUUGACCCUGAGUAUCAACAAACAGGAUUGUUGGGUGUAAAAUCAGACAUAUAUUCCUUAGGUGUACUGCUGCUUCAGAUCCUUACAGCAAAGCCUCCAAUGGGUUUGUCCCACCUGGUUGAAAAGGCUAUCCAAACAGGCAAAUUUCCGGAGGUGCUUGAUCCAAAUGUGACAGAUUGGCCUGUUGAAGAGGCUUUAUCAUUCGCUAUGUUGGCUUUGAAGUGUUGUGAGUUGAGGAAACGAGACAGACCAAGUCUUGGUUCAGUCAUUUUGCCGGAGCUAGGUCGACUCAAAGAUUUGGAAGAGGACAGAGACAUGAAAGAAGACACUGAUAGCCCUGACGGAUUUGAUAGCCAGAACCGAGAGGUAAUGAGUAGCAACGUUAAAGUGGAAAUGGAGAAAAGGCAGAGGAAACCCAUGAAAUCCCUGAGCAGCAAAUGCAGUAGCAGCAGAAGUAAAAUAAGAGAAGGAAGCCUCAUUGCAGCAUCAGGAAAACAAGUUGAGGUUGCAAAUAGGCAAGAUACUGAUGAGACAGGAAGCUGCUGGUCUUUUGGAAGUUGCUCCAUUAUUCACCCCAGUUCUUUUUAAGUUCAAUCAUGUCUUGUCUUGUGUUGUCUUUCUGAAUUGUAAUAAACCAUUCUUUCUUCGGCAACAUAAAUAGAAGGACCCCCAUUUUGAUCAUCAUCA